AUGAACAUCGCCCAUUCAAUACCGUCGACCGUCACCGGAGUGUCCUUUUCAUUUCUCACCGCUCAGGACAUCCGUCGCAUAUCCGUCAAACAGAUUGUAAACCCCGUUCUCCUCGACGACCUUAACAGACCCAACAUUGGCGGUCUCUACGAUCCUGCUCUGGGCCCCCAUGAUCGUUCAGACAUCUGCGCAACAUGUCACCUCACAUAUUUCACCUGCCCCGGCCAUUUUGGUCAUAUCGAACUACCAGCGCCUGUAUUCCAUCCUUUGUUCAUGGGCAAUCUCUAUAACCUGCUCCGGGGCAUGUGUAUGUUCUGUCACCGAUUUAAAAUGAGUCGGACCCAGCUGUCAAAAUACAUGGCCAAGCUACGACUGUUGGAGCACGGGUUGGUGGAGGCGGCUAUGGGAGUAGACGAUAUCACACUUCAGGUCCGGAAGACGAAGAAAGGCAAGGAGAAGGCAGACGAAGAGGAGGACGUGGAUAUGCUGGGGAAGGAGGAUGUCACCUAUGAAUCCGACGAACAGUUCGUGAAGCGGGUGCACCUUUAUGUCGCUAUUCACCUCGCUCGAAACAAGACCACCCGGGACGACUACAAGAGCGAAGUUGCCUAUCAGAUGAGGAAGGACCUGAUACACGAAUUCCUUCGCAAUUGCAUGAUGAAGAAGUGCCAGAACUCCGAUUGCUCUAGCGUAGCGUACACUUUCCGCAAAGAAGGUUACACAAAAAUCAUCGAAUACGACCUCACCCCGAAGCAAAAGGCAACCCUUGCUAGAUCACGGCCCAAUGUCCUGCUGGCUGAAAAGGCGACAUCUUAUACAAAGAAGGCCGGAAAGCAAGAGGAAGAUGUGGACAUGGAUGGCAGCGGAUCCUCUGAGAGUGAAGGAGCGGGCGACAGUCUAGUUGAUGAUGAAGAAGAGGAUGACUCUGAAGACGAAAGCCAUUUCCGAAAGCCCGGGCAACCUUCACUUCCCCGGGCAGCCAACGGGAAGGUCAAGACGUCUCGUGGAAGGAACGAACGAGUAAUUGCUCCAGAAGAGUGCCGUGCUCAUCUCCGUCGGUUGUUCAAGAACGAGACCAUCAUGUGCUCGCUCAUCUUCGGCCGUCACGGUCCCCACGCUCCCGUCAACAAGGACCAACUGGCAAUAGCGUCUGCGGAUAUGUUCUUCCUCGAAGUUCUACCCGUGUCUCCAACCAGGUUCAGGCCUCCAGCCAAGAUGGGCGAGACUCUAUUUGAGCAUCCCCAGAACGAGCUUCUUGCCCGGGUUCUGAAUACCUCUUACAAGCUUCGAGACAUCAACCUCGAUUUGCGAACGGCGUCCCAGAAGGGAGACGAGUUCGAUGAAGUCGCUCGACGCACGCUUAUGAGCCAGUUGCUCGACCGACUCAUUCAACUCCAGAUCGACGUCAACAGCUUCAUGGAUAGUAGCAAAAACCCGCAGGUAGUUAGACAGGGCAAAUUGCCACCUGCUGGAGUCAAACAAGGGUUGGAAAAGAAAGAGGGUCUCUUCCGGAAACAUAUGAUGGGCAAACGUGUUAAUUACGCUGCUCGGUCCGUCAUCUCUCCCGACGUCAACAUCGAACCCAGCGAAAUCGGCAUUCCGCCUGUAUUCGCUCGCAAACUUACUUUCCCUGAGCCCGUCACUGCCGACAACUUCCACGAAAUGCGACAACGGGUUAUCAACGGACCAAACAACUAUCCCGGCGCAAGCAUGGUCGAGUAUGAAGAUGGACGCCAGCAAUCUCUGGACAAACUCACCGUGGAACAACGAACGGCCAUCGCUAACCAGCUUUUGACACCCCAGAGUGACCAUGCUACCUCUAGAAAGGGACUGUUCACGCGGACUGCAGGCGUCAACAAAAAGGUCUACCGCCAUCUACAAGACGGAGACAUUCUUAUUCUGAACCGACAACCAACCCUUCACAAACCCAGUAUGAUGUGUCAUCGUGCCAAGGUCCUACAUGGCGAGAAAACUAUCCGCAUGCAUUACGCCAACUGUAACUCUUACAACGCCGAUUUCGACGGUGACGAGAACCAUGUUGCAAGGGCUGAAGCUACCUUCAUUGCCAACACCGAUAAUCAAUACCUUGUACCGACGUCAGGAAAUCCUCUCCGAGGCUUGAUCCAAGAUCACGUUGUUGCUGGUGUCUGGAUGACAAGCCAAAACGCCUUCUUUACCAGAGAGGAGUACUUCCAACUACUCUAUGGCGCGCUUCGUCCCGAAGAUAGUGAAUCCAACUCGCGUCUCGUGACAUUGUCUCCAGCCAUCUGGAAGCCUCAACCUUUGUGGACUGGUAAACAGAUCAUUUCGACAGUCCUCAAGAACAUCACACCUCGUAACUUCGAAGGCCUCAACCUCAAGGCCAAGACCAAAGUGCCUGGCUUCCUUUGGGGAAAGGAUUCGAAAGAGGACCAAGUCAUUUUCCUCGAUGGCGAACUACUGUGUGGCGUCUUGGACAAGUCAGCAUUCGGCGCCUCCGACUAUGGUCUAGUCCACUCUGUCUACGAAGUGUACGGCGCCGAAAUCGCAGGCAAGCUUCUGGGUAUCCUCAGUCGUCUGUUUACCAAGUUCCUCCAACACCGAGCAUUUACUUGUCGUAUGGACGAUCUCAUCUUGACACCAACCGGAGACAAGAAACGCGCUGACCUCAUCGAACGCGGAAAGAACCUUGGUACCGAGGGAGCCAUCGAGAACUUCCCGUCUCUCAGCGGAGUUCCCAAGGAAGAGGUUCCGGAGCAACUCCGUAACCUCCUCGAAACCGUGCUUCGGGACGACAACAAGAUGGCAGGCCUCGAUGUCACCGUCAAGACCAAACUCUCCAAACUUACAUCCUCCAUCUCCGACGCUUGUCUACCUAACGAAUUGUUGCGCAAAUUCCCAUACAACCACAUGCAAACCAUGACACUUUCUGGUGCCAAGGGUUCGGCAGUCAAUGCGCGCCAAAUCUCGUGCGCCCUCGGUCAGCAGGAGUUGGAAGGUCGUCGUGUACCUGUCAUGGUUAGCGGCAAGACCCUCCCUUCAUUCAAGGCCUUCGAAACCAAGGCUAUCGCCGGUGGUUAUGUUGCCAGUCGAUUCUUGACUGGAAUCAAGCCCCAAGAAUUUUACUUCCAUUGCAUGGCGGGUCGAGAAGGUCUCAUCGAUACUGCCGUCAAGACAUCUCGUUCAGGCUACCUUCAGCGUUGUUUGAUCAAACAUUUGGAGGGUCUCCGGGUGCACUACGACAACACCGUCCGGGGAAGUGACAAUUCAGUUUACCAAUUCUCAUACGGUGGCGACGGCCUCGACGUCACCAAACAGAAACACCUCUACCAGUUCGCCUUCAUCGCACAAAACUCCCUCUCCAUCGCUAGGCGGUUGAAUCCCAACGCCGUCGCCAAUCACAUGGAUCUCAAGACUGCUCCCUCCUAUAUGAAGAAAGUCCUCAGGAAGUCGGCGGAGAGGGAAAGCCCCUGCGGAAAGGCACCUCGAGACGAAUACGAUCCCGUGCUAUCCGUCUACAACCCCAACAAGUAUCUCGGAAGCACCUCUGAGCAAUUCGCCACCGCGGUCAGGCAAUAUAUCAAAGCCAAUCCUGAUGGACUCCUGAUCGAAAAGAGCGAAAAGCCUCGUUUCCCCACUCGAUACCCCCCAAUGCUCAGCAAAAACUUCCAAUUGCUCAUGAAUGUCAAGUACAUGCGAAGUCUGGUCGAACCCGGUGAAGCUGUCGGACUUCUCGCGUCGCAAGGUGUCGGUGAGCCUUCCACUCAGAUGACGCUCAACACUUUCCACUUUGCUGGCCACGGUGCCGCUAACGUCACGCUUGGUAUCCCUCGAUUGCGUGAAAUCGUCAUGACUGCUUCACAAAAGCCCAAGACUCCCUCUAUGACCAUGAAGGUCAAGCCAGGAACCUCCCCCGACGACGUAACAUUGUUCUGCAAACGGGCCAGCAGAGUAACACUUUCUCAGUUGGUGGAAGGUGUGACCGUAGACGAGCAGCUCUGCGUCGAAGGUCAGGCUAGGCGAACUCAAUUCACCGUUACCAUCAACUUCUUCCCGCGAGAGGAGUACCUGGCCGAGCACGAUGUCGAACCGGUUGAAAUACUUUCCGUCUUUGGAACCAAGUUCCCUCUAAUCCUCAAGAGGGAGAUCCAGAACGAACUUCGCAAGCUGGAUGCUGACUUGAAGAGCCAGAUCGCUCAACUUGGCAAGGGUAAAGCUGUUCGAACGCACGGAGAGGGCGAGGGCGACGGUGGUGAAGGGGACGGAGAGACCUCCAAGCGUAAGAGGAAUGCCGACGAAGACAGCGAGGUCGGUGACGGUGACGCGGACGACGAGAAGAGGCAACGACAGAAGAAGCAGCAAGCGACCUAUGACAGCGACGAAGACUCGGACGAGGAGGACAAUGGAGAAGCGUUCAAUGACGAGGAUAUUGAGGCUGCAUACGCUUCUGACGCCGAGGCAAUGAACACCGAAGUUAAACCCGCUAAGCUCACAAAGUCGCAGCAAAGUUUCAAGCAAGCGGUCAGCCGUACCUCGGAUUUGUUCCAGGGCCAUCUGCAACAGGCUGUCUCUUUCAACUUCGACGAAUCCAAAUGCACCUUCCAGGUUGAGUUCCGACCUGAUAUGCCCAAGCUUUUGUUCGUUGGAAUCAUUGAGCGUACCUGCCGUGCGACCGUGGUUCGUGAAAUCCCUGGUAUCACUGAUUGCUUCCAGGUAAAGGAAGACAGCAAGAAGGGUGGCGAGCCGCAGAUAAAGUUGACUACAAACGGCUCAAACUUGCGCGGCAUGUGGGAGUUUGCGUCAGGUUCCGACGAGAGCAUCCUCGAAGAUGAUGAGAUCUACUCCAAUGACAUCUACGCCCUGUUGAAGACAUAUGGUGUUGAAAUGGCAAGGGCCGCAAUUCUAAAAGAAGUCGGAGGUGUUUUCGCGGCCUACUCCAUCCAGGUCGAUCGCCGGCACUUGGAGUUGAUUGCCGACUAUAUGACUUUCGAUGGCGGCUACAAACCCUUCAACCGAAAAGGUCUUUCGACGAACCCUUCGCCACUCCUGAAAGCCUCGUACGAAACUACUGCGGCCUUCCUGUCGGACGCGACACUAUAUGGAGACUUUGAUGAUCUAACGACGCCAUCGGGGAAUAUUGUGCUUGGGCGGCCGAAUGCCACUGGAACUGGAGUGUUCGACGUGCUGAUGCAAACUGCGUAG